AAUGCAAGAACGACAGUGUUUCAAGAUUUUGACCGCAACAUCGUUUGUCGGUGAGAAAGAAACAGAGAGGGAAAAUAUAAAAAGUGAAGAAAAUAAGACAAAAGUUUGGUUUCUGGCAAUAACUGUGUCGAUGUCCCAUAAUAAUAACUCUCCCUCUCUGCUUUUGCUUGGUUUCCCUUUAAUGGCAUAGUUCUAGAAAAACAACACAGGAUAAAAGAAGUGGGUAUAUUCGAAUUUAUAAUGAGGGAAGGAGAAGGGACACAUUCAACUGUUUUUGUUCUGGAUUUUGUCUUCAGGAGAUCAUGAACUCAGCUCAAGUUAAGAGGUUUGAUGCUUUAAGCAUGGAGAAGCAUUCGCCUGAGAGCCUUGCUAUAUGUGAGAAAUGCAAAUCUGGCUGUGCAUGGUGUUUGAAUGGUUUAUUUGACUUUAGUCAAGGUCAUUCCAACAAGGAAAUGAUUUCUAAUCGCGAACGACCCUAUUCAAAUGUUGCAGAUAUAAUAAGGGAAGCAGAGCUGGGUAGCGCGCUGCGGAUUAAGAAGAAGAUUACUACAGGUACUGAGAAUGGCUUAGAAAAGAACCACAGAAGAGAGGCAAACAUGAGCUUUAGGAGACAUGGUUGCAAGGACAUUGAAAAUGCGGUUCAUACACGGCCUUCUUCUGAUCAACCUUUUGAAAAUUCGGUGGGCAUGUCUUCAAGAACAUUCAAUGGAGCAGCCUCAACCAAAACAUCCUGCAAUCAGGUGCAUCCUAAAACUGGAAAAGUUUGCCAUAGAAGAGGCAGUUCUCAGAUAAAUGACCAGCUUAGUGAGAUCAAUUUGAAAGUUAAGAUGAGUGAGGCGACCGAAGCGUUUAUAAAUCAGAAGAUCAUCAAAGGAAAAUGCCAUAGUAGAGAUCGGGGAAGCAACCGGUCAAAACAUUUCUUGGAUGCAUUGGAGAUAUUAAAUUGCAAUAAGGGAUUAUUCAUAAAGCUGCUACAUGAUCCGAAUUCUUUGUUAGUGAAGCAUAUCCAAGAUCUGCGUGAUUCCCAGGUGAAAAAUCAGGAGACUAAAUUGUCAGAAACUUGUGAUAGAUGCUCAUCCACGAGAAGUGUUGAUCCUCCUUCAAACAGAAUUUUACUUCUGAAGUCUGGUAGCUCUGGUUCAACAUGCAUGCAAAAAAGUUCUGGUGAAAACAGAGAUUUCUCUUCUCAACAGUCCCUUUAUAGCUUACGACAUAGAGCACAGAGUGGUAAACCUGCAUAUUUUUCCUUUGAACAUAUGAAAAGGAUGUUGAGACAUGCUAUUGGGUUAAGCAGAAAAGAGAAGCCAUUGUUGUCAACUGUCACACUACAUAAAUCUUCUAGGGACAUUCAAAAGUUGGGAAAUGGCAGUAAAGGAAAUGAUUUGGGGAUUACAGGAAGCAGCUCACCUCAUAAAAUCUAUUGUGGUUCCGUUGACAACAAGAUGGGAGACAAAGUCAACAAGGCAAAAGAUUUUGACUCAGGUACUAAACAAAAAAUUGGUUCAAAUAGUGGCACUUGCCAUGAAAACUUGAAAUUGUCAUUUGUCAGACAUCCUAAACAAAGUGAAUUGAAUCCGUAUAUGGAGUCUAUCAAACAUCUCCCUGAGGUGUUCACGAAUAGAGAUGAGGUUCUUUCAAGAAAUCAGUUUCCGAGAACCCUGGAGAGUAUUGUUUCUUUGCCUGAGUACUAUGCCUUCUCUACAUUGAGUCCUGGAAGACACUGGGAACAUGGCUUUAUUGCUGAGCAAACGAGGUUCUCAACUUUUACCAAUCAUCAAAUGGUCACUGAGAAGAGAAACAUGAUCCGGGGAAAAAAUAAGAACCACCACUUAAGUUCCCUCAGGCAGAGCUCAAAGGCCGCUCCAUCAUGGGCUGAUAACGAGAGACACACAUCACAAACCUUCGGUACAAAAUCUAAGAUCGCUCAGAGUCAUCCUUCUGGUACCAAAUUGCAUGAAAAUGGAUUUUCUGGAGACUACACUUCUAGUGCUAUACGUUCUAUGAAGGUUGUAGAAACAUAUAAUACUACAAAAGAAGGAAAAGUUAGUUCUUCGGGAGCUGUUGAACCAAAUGAGCCAAACUAUACAGGUGCAAAUCAGAAUGCGGUUAUAGCCACCACAGUUGAAGAAAACAGUCUGGAGUGCUCAAAAUUGGAUUCACCAGAGGAAAAUUUUACACCAGUGUCUCCAGAAGAUGUUUUUACUUCAAGCUCUUUGAGCAGUAAGCAUUUUGAAAAUUCUGCUGCCAUGAAAGAUAAAGCGAAGCAUCAAAGUCAGGUAUCUGUUCUUGAGAAAUUUGUUGAAAAUAUCACUAGCCUUCCAAGCAUCGUAUCUCAGCCUGCUGACCUUACGGCCGUGCCAAAACAUAAUAAUUCUGAACAAUGCUCUGCUGCUCUCAUGAUGUUUCCUGUGGAUUUGAAGAUCAACUCAGGUAAUAAUGUGAUAAAUGAGCAUGAACCCAUGUGCAAGUAUAUGAGGGCAAUGUUGGAAGCCUCUGAUAUGAAUUGGGAUAAACUUCUAAUAAAGUGCCAUUCAUCAGACCAACUUCUUGAUCCAUCCUUGUUUAAUGAAGUGGCGGUAUUGCCUAACCAAUUCUGUGUGGAUCACAUGCUUCUCUUCGCCUAUAUUAAUGAAGUCCUUGGCAAGUUAUGCCAGAGUUAUUUCAAUUGCUCCCCAUGGCUAUCAUUCGUCAAAAGAAUCCAGCCAUCAAAAGAUAUGGUUUAUGAGGUGAUGAAGCAUGUUGACUGGAGCCUCCUUGUGCAGCAGUCUUCUCCAAUAUUGGAUAAACUUAUUGAAAAGGACUUGGCAAGAUCACAAACAUGGAUGAAUAUCCAAAUUGAGGCUGAAGAUAUAGUUGCUGAAAUGGUAGAAAGUCUCCUAGAAGAACUGAUAUUGGAAAUUGCAACCAGCUGGGUAUUUGAAGACUUACAUUUUGCUCUAUGAGCUUUCAUCUGAAUUGCAAAGAGUUCUGAGUUCCGCAAAGAGCUAACUUGCGCAGGUAGCACAGAUUUCCUAGUACUUGAAAUGCUGCACCCUAUUUAAAGACAUACAUUAGUUCUAUAUGGGACAAACAUAUUUGCUUAUGGUUCAUCAAGUUGAAUUUCUAGCUCAAGGUUCAAUAUACGGUACAGUUGCAAUAAUAUACAACUCCCAUCAGUUAUGGUUGCGGAGUAUUUUCAAAAUUCCUCUUCCAAACGGAUGCUCUACCAAACUAGAACAGCGUUUACAAAAACUGUGCCCGUUGUAUAUUUCUUGUUAUUAGAAAUAUGAACUAUCCAUAUUAUGUUUAUACUGUGUUCGAUUAAGGUGGUUCAUCUGCAUUAUGAUUUGUAAAAACAAAACCUAUAAAAGAUUUGUACUUUAUCCAUUAUCAUAUUUUGGGCAACAAGCUCAACCGGUAA